GCCACAAGCCACAAGUGGGUUUUGUUUUUCUUUCGUGACACCGUGACAGCUCGAUUGUCAAGUUUUGUUUUUGUUAUUAGGUUAGGUUGAAACUUUGGGGCCCUUUAUGGGAUUGAUUUUCCCUCUUCUAGUUUAGAAUCUAGACUAUAUACGUACAAUAUGCACAAAUGUUCGCUACUUCUACCAGUAUUAUUCCUACAAGCACUUUCAUACAACUAUUCCUCCAUAAAUUUGCCUGAUGAACAUCUGCUGUACUUUUUCAGGAAUUUGCCCCAACUGACUGAAAGAUGCUUAAAAGAUAAAGAAUGCCUUUUUAAAGAACACCUAAAUAAAGAUAGGUGUUGGGGAUAUGAACAUGAUUGUGAAUGGACUAAACAGUAUUCAAUUCCAGCAUGUCCUGGUGACCAUAAAGGCUGGGUAAAAUCAAAAUUUGCUCAGCAAACAACUUUUCACACCCAAGCAGAUUUUGGCUAUGUGAAAGAACAGAUCAAAGAAAUGAAGAUGAUGUGUGAUCCCCUCUUUCCUGAUGACAGCUCAUUAGAAUGUAGUGAACACUUGAGAUUUUGUAGAGCAAGGAACAUCAUGAUGAAUUUUACUAAGUUGGCUCACAGAGAUGAACCAAUUCGCUACAAAAUGGAUGUUUUGGGAGAUGGUGAUAUAGGAGGGUACUGUGAGCUCCACAGAGACAAGCUUCUGAAAGAAGCAGAUCAUAUCAGUCCAUUACAAAGCUGGGGACCAGAACUGAGGUACUUUACUAAGCUCAAACGUAGGCCUAUAGUACAAGGAGACUGUGAUGUAGUUGUAGAGAAACCAACAUUUGUGAUGAAGAUAGAUGCCACUGUGAACAUGUACCACCACUUCUGUGAUUUUUUAAACUUAUAUGCCUCGUUACACGUGAACACGACUGAUGAGUACACUUUUUCCACUGAUGUGAACGUUUUAAUAUGGGAGUCGUUUGAAUAUCGUUCAGCUUUUGGUGACACAUGGGAAGCAUUCACAGAGCACCCUCUGUGGGAUUUGAAGACUUUUAAAGGUCGAACUGUUUGCUUCAAAAACAUUGUUUUUCCAUUACUACCAAGGAUGAUAUUUGGUCUGUACUACAACACACCAAUCAUAUAUGGCUGUGAAAGAAGCGGUCUUUUUGACGCGUUUUCAAAACAUGUUCUUCACCGAUUGAAAAUACCCUUGUAUCAUCGAAAAAACAAAAUGAUAAGGAUUACUGUGAUAUCGCGUAACACCAAAUACAGAAGGAUUGUUAAUGAAGAAGAACUGUUGAAAGCUAUAAAGAAGAACGAUCAGUAUGAAGUUAAGAGAGUUGUGUAUGACAGGGAUAUGUCAUUCAAGAAACAGCUAGAGAUAACGAGAAAUUCAGAUGUAUUUAUAGGCAUUCACGGAGCAGGUUUGACGCACUUGAUGUUUCUACCUCCUUGGGCUGUGCUUUUUGAAUUGUAUAAUUGUGAGGACACAAGCUGUUAUUUUGACCUAGCUAGGCUUAAAGGAGUGAAAUACAUUACGUGGCAAAAAGCGGACAAGAUAAAAUCUUUCGAAGAUGGAACAUAUAAAGGUGGAGCACAUGCAAAGUUCGCAAAUUACUCUUUCGACGUGGAAGAGUUUACUAGAUUAGUUGAUAUUGCAGCUAAGCAUGUUAAAAACCAUCCAGAGUUUCAGGACUUUGUAAAAAGGGCAGCAAAAAAAGAAUCAAUUUUACAUGAAGAACUGUAAAAUCGAUUUAAAUAUUGCAAAUCUCCCACUAAUCACGAUGAUGUUGAAAACAUGAACAAUUAGUUUAUUUUGAAUGUACUUAAUAGGUACGGAAAAUUUAGGAAUCUCAUUUAAUAGUGAAUAAACGUUUUUUGUUUAGGUUAUUUUCUAUCGAAUAUUCUAUUUUAUUUCAACACUAUCGUAUAUUCUAUUUUCUUUCAACACUAUUGUAUAUUUCACUUAGCACAAUGUUAAAACACGUUAUUUAAACAGAUUUAAAUUAAUUUAUUAGGAUGACUUCAUAUUGACAAAAUCAAAAAUGGAUUUUACGUAUCCUCAAAAGCAAUAUUUCCUACCCAGUGAAUCGCAACUAUAUGCAAUCAUAGGUUACUGAAAUAUAAAAUGCUUUAGUCAAUAAGCAUAUAUUUUACUGGUUUGUAUUUUCAAGACUCGACUGCUCACGGGUCUCACAUGCCAUAUGUAUGACAAGAAAAUAACUUUCUCAAAUAUUUCUUAACUCCCUAUGUGAUCUAUUGUAUUUUAUUUUUAUAUAUUUAUGAAUAAAGUUUACAUAAUAUCAUUUUGA